CGGUGUGACGUAAAUUGCAAGUUUUUUUUUGACGUUGUUUAGAACUUUCGGAAUCCGUGUCACAAUCACCAUGGUAACGGAGACGCUUAUUUAUACUGCCGGAUGGGAGUCAAUGCUCAUUUCGUCCUUAGAUAAGAAGAUGGGAAUCUUAAAAUUUGCGUGUGCAACUGGAGUGGUCGCUGCUGCCGCAGGUGCAGCGUACCUCUACCGGCGGUUCAGGAGAACGCCAGAGCAGGAGGAAGUGAAUAUGGCCACCUCAUUGCAGGAUGAAACUCUUGUGGUGGCAAAUGACUAUAUGGAUUUCUGCAUUGGGAUCAAGAGGACUCCUCCCAGCGAGUUCGCUAAAGCCAUGCGAUACAUGGCAAAGAAGGUGGAGAAUAAGCAUAGGUCCAGUCUGCACCAACUUGUGGAGACAUUCUGCAGAUACGGUGGCUUUAACACCUGGACCAAACUCAAGAAUUUUAUGCUGGAUGUGUUUGGUGGUGAAAGUACGAGCUGGGGCGAGAUUCUGAUUCUCUUUGCCUUUGCGGGAAUACUGGCAGUUCAACUGUCUACCACAGAUGAAGAUGUCGCCUGUAGCAGACGGCUAGCAGAGAUGAUAAGCGAUGUUCUUGAAGAAAAACAGGAAUGGAUGAUCCAGAAUGGAGGCUGGAUGGGGUUCAUGGACUAUGUCCACACAGUCAAACCAGGAUAUUCAGAGUCACCUCUGAAGAAAGCUCUCCCCGCAGCUGCAACUGUGGCAAUUGCCUCUCUUCUUGUACACCGGUUAUCUACUAAAAAGAACCCUACCAGACUUGCUCCCAUCUUCAUUUUCAAUCCUCAAGAAACUGCCAGGAACAUCAGUUUGCUAGACGGGACAUUUUACCAGAAACAUGCAUUAUCUGUCCUGUAAACUCAUGGCUGGCUGGAAGACUACCAUCUAUCCAGUGGAAGUUGGAUGCCGAGGCUAUGUAGGGCUGUCAACCACACGCCUUCUGAGGGACAUAGGAGUGACCAGAGAGAACCUAAAGGCAACCAAAGAGCUGGCAGAGGAGGCUGAGAAGGGGAGUUUUUGGCUUUGGCCGAUGAGGAAGGACAAGUGAUGGGGAAACAACUAACCCCAAUAACAGCUGCAGGGGAAACACCUAUCAGCUGCAGGGGUGACAGCGAGACGUCCCUGUCACUGCUCGGCCACCAGGAGAUGUUCCAGGAUUAAAGGACCGAAACGCUGUUGAUCGGUGAUUCCUGGCUGACGACCCUGCAGCUGACCCGUGGGCACCGGAGGAGGUGCGACCGGCAGCAACGCCUAGCAGGCAAUUCCAUCUUCCUGUAUGUACUAUUCAAAAUAACAAUAAAAAAAUGGACUGCCCCCAGCCAAAUUGGGCUACAUUCUUCAUAGUUUUUGUUAUGAUAAAAAACUUUUAUCUAAAAGAAACACCAUUACAAACAAAUAUAAAGUAUCAUUCGCAUCCCUUGAUUAAGACAUGAAAAUUAUACAAAUUUCUACAAAUAAGCAGUAUUUUACAACUGUCCCCAUGU